CAGACAUCAUUUGGAAAACCCCUAGUAAAGAAAGUGAAAAUGAAAACAAACCUUUAGAAACAUCAAGGGAAAGACUGGGGAAUACCUUCACUGCUGUUAAAAUGCAUGCAGGAUAAAUCGAUUUACUCAUAAACUUUGAAUGUGAGACAGUUGAAAGCUGCUUUUUUAUUGAUUGUAAGAUGUCCAAACUUCUGGUGUGUGUUCUUGCUGUGGUCACGGAUUUGCUGGUGGUGUAUGUGCUGGAUUUGGCCAGCACACAGCUGAGAAGUGAAGAGAGGGGUUUAGAUGGUGGAGAUGCCUUGCUGAGGCAGUGGACUGAGGCUGUGCUGAGAUGCUCACUGCUCUGCACAAUCUUCUACUGGAGUGAUGUUAGAGGGUCCCUGGUGAAGCGGUGGAUUUUGGCUCACUGUUUUCUCAAUCCUGUGUAUGAAACAGGUCGUUUAACUGUGUUUGGUGGCUGGCCGCUGGAGAAGUUUGCUAUGUGGCUGGUCGGCAGUGUGUCUGCUGCUUUGGGAUGCCUGUUUUGGGAGACCCUCUUUCCAGAAUCUAACGGGGAAAGCAGCAGCAAAGAAAACAAGCAGAAAGCUCGAGUGCUCUUCAUGAGAGUGAUCCGCCUCUACAAACCUGACUAUCUGUUCUUAAUCGGAGCAUCUGUAUUUCUAGCCUUAGCUGUCCUCUGUGAGAUGUUUAUCCCACUAUACACAGGAAAGCUGAUUGAUAUCCUGCAGACUGAAUACAGCUGGAAUGAAUUUUUUUCAACAAUUAUAUUAAUGACAUUUUUCUCUUUUGGGAGUUCUUUCAGUGCAGGUUGUCGUGGAGGCCUGUUCAUGUGUGCAAUUGGCAGAUUUAACUCCAGAGUGAAGCAUCAACUCUUCAGCUGUUUGCUUAAACAGGAAAUUGGCUUCUUUGAGACUACAAAAACAGGUGACAUCACAUCCAGAUUGUCCACAGACACCAAUCUUAUGGCACGAGCUGUUGCACUAAAUGUGAACGUCCUUCUUCGGACCAUGAUUAAGACCCUGGGGAUGCUGUACCUGAUGUGUAGUCUCUCCUGGAAGCUCACUGUAUUAAUGCUGUUAGAGACACCUUUGACUGGACUGCUACAGAAUAUCUACGACACACACUACCAGAGACUCUCAAAGAUGGUGCAGGACUCCAUCGCAAGAGCAAAUGAUGCUGCAGGAGAAGCUGUCUCAGGCAUUAGGACAGUAAAGAGCUUUAACGCACUGCAGAGUGAGAAGUGUCGCUAUGAUCAGCGGCUGAUGGACACACAUAAUAUAAAGACUCGUCGGGGCACAGUCAGAGCAGUGUACCUGCUGGUUAGAAGGCUUACAGAGUUGGGUGUGAAGGUGGCUAUGUUAUACUACGGUCGCCUGUUUGUGACUUAUGGACAGAUGACAACAGGAAAUCUGGUCUCAUUUGUCCUCUACCAGACAAAUCUUGCGCAAAGCAUUAGGACUUUGAUUUACAUAUUUGGAGACAUGCUGAACUCUGUGGGUGCUGCUGAGGUGUUUGAGUACCUGGACCGCAAGCCUGAAGUGAGGACUGAUGGGACCCUGGAGCCAAAGGAUUUGAAGGGACACAUCAACUUCCAGAACAUCACCUUCUCUUAUCCAACACGUCCUGACCGCAGUGUGCUGGAGGACUUCAGUUUGGAGCUGAAACCUGGUAAAAUGACUGCUCUGGUGGGAAUUUCUGGUGGUGGGAAAAGCACUUGCGUCAGUCUGCUGCAGAGGUUUUACCAGCCACAGCAUGGACAGAUACUGCUAGAUGAACAUCCUCUGCAGAACUACCAACACAAAUACCUGCACAGCAAGAUUGUAGCAGUGGGCCAGGAGCCUGUUCUCUUCUCAGGUACCGUACAUUACAAUAUUGCUUACGGACUGCCAGACUGUUCACUAGAGAGAAUAAAGGAGGCAGCACGCAAAGCUAAUGCACAUGAAUUCAUCUGUCAGUUACCGAAAGGUUAUGACACAGACGUAGGUGAACGAGGAAGUCUUCUUGGUAGCAGUCAGAGGCAGCGCAUCGCUAUUGCCAGAGCUCUAAUCAGAGAGCCACAGGUUAUAUUACUGGAUGAGAUCACAAGCUUUCUGGAUCCUAAGAGUGAACAAACGGUUCAACAAGCCCUGGCCAACUGCCCCAACCAGACCUUACUGGUGAUUGCACACAGGCUGAAGACCAUUGAGAAGGCGGAUCAGAUUAUUGUGAUUGACCAGGGGGUUAUUUUGGAGCAAGGCAGUCAUGAGGAACUCAUGAGGAAGGAAGGACAUUACUACAAACUGAAAGAAAAACUCUUUACUGAAAAUAACACCAACAACAGUAAUGGCAACAAUAACAACAUAAAUUGACAACUCAGUCCUCGAUCAGGAGUAAAUACCAUAAUAAUAUAUUGCAAUAGAAAUUAUUGAUGAUCCGUUUUAUGUGUUCUCUGUUUGUUUGUUAUCAUUUAUUUGACUAUAUGCACCAUUAGAUUUCUGUAUUAUUGUGUUCUAAUUUUAUUCUGCCAAACUGGCUACUGUAAAAGAAUAUGAUGUUAAUUGUUAUGCAUUGUAAAUAGUGUAAAUAUGAAAAUAAAUAUUGUUUAACUGGUCAAUUA